GUAGCUCUAUCGACUGUGUGUGUACCUGAGCGAGACGGCAUCAGGUGUAUAGAGGACAAACUCGGUGUUGUAGUGCUGUGUCGAUUCAAUGCAUGUUCUGUGACUGAUAGCGAUUUAAAGUGAAAUUAUUAUGGAAAUCAUCACAGAUUGCUGAGACCGGGUGGAUGCCGGGGAUUAAUCUGCCUCCAGAAGAUGAGAUUCCACUUCCGGAAAGUCGUGACGUAUGCGCUCACUGUGUUCGGCCUCCUUUUGAUAGUGUUUAAUGUUUACCAUCACGACCUGUGGGGGCCAGUUUACCAGCCCCAGGACCCACCAUGGCGUUCCAAGGGAGUAAAGCGACCAUUUCCUCGUGUCGACGGCAAGAAGAUUCAUGAUCACAUAUCACAGGAAAAUCGGGGGAAAGCUCUAGCCGGAAAUUCUCUUGGAAAAAAUCGGGACCCGUUAUUCCGAACCAAUCAGUCGCUAAGCCAUGAAGAAUUGGGGAAGGAUUUCGCUUUAACAAUAGAUACUCCGAGGGGUAUUUGGUUGGAAUGGGAUCAUUAUAGUGAUGAUAGGAUAGUAGCGCAAAUGCGCCAUAGACCAAAGUCUUUGAUAGAAGCUGAAAAAGAAGAAGACGUGCCUUUAAAAACCAUAUUGCUUUACCACGGUGUUGGACACUGGAAUAUCCGGAAGGGCCAGGAACAGUUCGUACAUCAGAAAUGUCCGGUGAACCGCUGUACCGUGACAGACGACCGAUCGCUCGGACGCGAGGCCGACGCCGUCAUGUUGCACCAUUCUGGUGCUCGGCCGUGGACGAAACGUCCGCCUCACCAAGUGUGGAUACUUUAUAUGUUAGAAUCGCCAUAUCAUACACCGGGCCUACAGGGGGUCAAGGACGUAUUCAACUGGACAGCCACCUAUCGGCAUGAUUCUACCAUUGUUGCGCCUUAUGAAAAGUUUGUGCCAUUCAACCCAACAAUUCAGACUAUCCCUCAGAAUAAGAGUUAUGCAACUGGCAAAACAAAGAAGGUGGCAUGGUUUGUGUCUAACUGUGGCGGAAGGAACGGUCGGCGGGAGUACGCCUCGGAACUUUCGAAAUAUAUAUCUCUGGAUAUUUAUGGGGCAUGCGGGCCCCUCAAGUGUCCGCGUCACAAUUCCAAAAAGUGCUUUGAUAUGUUAGAUAAGGACUACAAAUUUUAUUUAUCUUUUGAAAAUUCCAACUGUCGUGACUACAUCACAGAAAAAUUCUUCGUCAAUGGCCUUCAACAUGACGUGAUUCCCAUUGUGAUGGGAGCGGCCCCGGAGGACUACAAGCGAGCAGCACCUCCCCACUCUUUCAUUCACGUGGACGAGUAUGAAUCUCCUCAGGCAUUAGCAGAAUAUUUACAUAAGCUGGAUAAAAAUGACGACUUAUUUAAUGAGUACUUCAAAUGGAAAGGCACCGGAAGCUUUGUGAACACCUUUUUCUGGUGCCGUCUGUGUGCGAUGGUCCACGAAUCACAAAAUCACCAGCCGACCGUUUAUAAGGAUCUGGAACGAUGGUGGCGGGGCCCCGGGGUGUGUAUAGGGCAGGAAAAAUGGAGGGAUCGCCCGCGGACGUCAAAGUUUAUCAUCGAUAACUACGAAUGACAUCUACAAACACUACCUCUCAAGUGCAUUCUCUUCCCAAAGGGACAUAACUCUCACUGCGCCUUACUAUGAUGGUGCAUUGGGUAAUGUUUUAUGUUAAUGUUAUUUUUAAGCAUAAAUUAGUUGCAUAUUUUAAAAAGGGGCCUGCACGUAAGUCACGAGCUUGGUCCUGACUUUAUAGGACGAUUAUUUUAUUUGAUAUUUUUGUGUAUUAGAGUGAUACAGCAGUAUUUCCAGUGUAAUGACCAACAUAUUACUAGGAGAUACAUUAUUGACUACAGGAAUAUGAGCCUGGAACUGAGGCGGCAGAUAUCACCUUAUCAAAUCAUUGACACAAGUGACAGAGAAUUUUUUAUGUUUUUAAUGUUCUGAAUUUUUUUUCUAAAGUGUCAAUCAUGCCAUUAACAAUUCACCACUUAGAUAAUGCAUUUUCAUCUGAUUUGGUAUAGCUAGAUUUAAUUAAUGCAAUUUUCGGUAAUGAAAUUUAGGUUAUCAACGUAUUAAAGGAAAUCUUCUAACCCUUAAUUAAAUCCUUGGUGCUGUUUCUAGCUGUAAGUGGUUUAGGUUGUCAUUUGUAACGUCUUAUUACAUUUAAUUUCAUUUAAAUAUUUUAACAAAAAAGACAAUGACGAGUCGAUUAGGAAGUAGAUACAAGUCUCUGUAUGACGUCACAUCUACGGUGACGUGUAGGAUGUGUACCUUGUCAUCAGAACCCCGACAGUACGUCCAUGGCCAGACCAAUCUAAUGUCAAGUUUAGUUGUCACUCUGUCAAUAUAAUGAUAUAGUUGAACAUUCAAAUGUGUUUGUAUUACUGAUGCUGAAUUGUUGAAUUUACAGAUCAAUUACUAAUUGAAUUGAUGUUAAACCGUUAAUGAAAUACAAAUUAACUACCAGGUUAAUUGUAGGUAAUAGUCAUUUGAGCCUGUUAGAGAUCAGUUAAUGACCCAGACUAUACAUAUCAUUGAGUCCACACGUAACAGUGGAUGUCAAACUGUCUCAUCAAAGCUGCACACUUUAUCAUGUCAGGUAAAAUAGGUUUAAUCUGAUGAAAAUAGAUUAGCUCAGGUAAAAAUGAGUAUGUUCAGGCUAAAAUGUGUUUAGGGUCAAAUAAUUAUGUAAUUGGUGAGGUAAAAAAAAUAAAUGUUUUCAAUUUUUCAUCAGUGAAACAGAUGUUUGCGUUUAAUAAUGAUAACACCUGAACAUAGUUAAGCAGACACUGCUGCAAGUUGUAUUAUAUAUUGAACAUUGAACUUUAUAGUAAUGUUUACAUGUUGUAUAAUUCAAUGUUAUGAUAUACUACUUCAGGGCCUGGAUAGUAUAUAUACAAUGUUAUGAUAUACUACUUCAGGGCCUGGAUAGUAUAUACAAUGUUAUGAUAUACUACUUCAGGGCCUGGAUAGUAUAUAUAAUGUUAUGAUAUACUACUUCAGGGCCUGGAUAGUAUAUAUAAUGUUAUGAUAUACUACUUCAGGGCCUGGAUAGUAUAUAUUCAAUGUUAUGAUAUACUACUUCAGGGCCUGCAUAGUAUAUAUUCAAUGUUAUGAUAUACUACUUCAGGGCCUGGAUAGUAUAUAUAAUGUUAUGAUAUACUACUUCAGGGCCUGGAUAGUAUAUAUAAUGUUAUGAUAUACUACUUCAGGGCCUGGAUAGUAUAUAUACAAUGUUAUGAUAUACUACUUCAUGGCCUGGAUAGUAUAUAUUCAAUGUUAUGAUAUACUACUUCAGGGCCUGCAUAGUAUAUAUACAAUGUUACGAUAUACUACUUCGGAGCCUUGUAUUGAUAACUAGUAUACAAUGUUAGCUAUUCUACUGCAUGGCCUGGGUUAUUUUGUACUCUCCGAUGAUCUUCCAUAGAGAAAAUUAUUGAACUGAGUCCGUAAUCAUAUCUAAUUUAUAAUCCAUUUGAAUGGGUUAUCCAUACCUCCCUGGACAGGUCUAGUCCGUGUCAAUACCAUGUGCGACAGAGAGCCAUUAGUAUGGCACAAUGUCAAUAUUUACAAAAUCAGACUGUCCCGUGUGACGUCACCACAUUGUCUGACCGAGUAAUACCUUAUUAUAGCAUUAACCCUUCUCUACAGAAUAAUGCGAUGAAAAUGAAUUACAAGUGAAUCCGUUUCUAUUGAAGGGGCGGUUUGGUUCGCCGUCACGUCGUUAGAAAUGACUGAAUUGGAGGUAAAUAUUGAGUUGUAAUGCGUCCCCGAUUAGUGUUGAUUGAUUACUUACAUGUCAGUAGCACGUCCCAUCCGUCUAUAUAUAUACACAGGGACACCUAGCUAUAGGUAACAAUACCAUGGAUACAGGAUCAAUACCAGAGACACACCUAAUGCUCUUUUUAUAUGUGUAGUGAAUUAAUAAUUAAGAUUCAGAACGACUUCGUUCCAUACACUUGGAAUUGUCAAUUAACUGCUGAAAUAAAUUAAUUGUCACGUGAUUUCUAAUAUAGUCGAUAUGUAGUGUUGUAUAUCAAGAUUGACCGCGUUCAGUAAACCAACUUCUAUCCACAUGGCUCCUAAUUCCUAAACAGUGAUGUUAUAAUACCUACAGGGGCCAUAGGGGCAUGCAAAAAUGUUCCUUGGGGAGGGGAUCGUAGUCCCUUGGGAAGGGGAUUGUAGUUCCUUGGGGAGGGGAUCGUAGUUCCUUGGGGAGGGGAUCGUAGUUUAAGUAGCUACUCAUAGUGUACUACACAUGCGCCGCAUCUAGAAUCAUUGUUACAUACCCGUGUACGUGGGGCUGGGGGAUCCUAAUCGGGAGAAUGUAUAAGGGACGACAACUCCUGGUGGAUAUUGUCUGGAUACAUUCCCGAAGUUAAGAAAUGUGAUGUGUAUUUUGAUCACGAACUCCAGUGUGGAACGGUGAAUACUGAAUGGGAAAUUCGUCACGUUCCACGUCACUGUGAUAUCACUUCCUGUCAGUGUUGGGAAUCAUAUCCUAUGUAUAUUAAGAGAUCUCAUUCUAUAUUAUGUUUUAUAUAUUAUUUUUAUAUUACUACAAAUAAUAACAUUCCAUAUAUAUCGUGUAAAUAAGUGUCUUAGGGAUGUUACGGCAACCUGUAUUGGUUUGUAAAUAUGUGACGCCAUUGCUUGUGUGACAUAAUCAAUUUUGCGAAUGUUUGAUAAAAGCUGAACUGUUUAAACAUAUAAGACAAGUUUAUAUUGUUGCUGUUAUUAUAAGUUACUUGUAUAAUGAACGACCAGAUUCUGGUCGCGCUUGGCGUUGAAGUUUGAAUCUAUUAAUGCAUUUUGUUGAAUUCUUCAAAUGUUUGAAAUUCCAUUUUUAUGUUAUAGUUUGCAUAAAUUGAAUUUUGCAGAGCGACAUGUGACGUCAUGUAUGAGACUAUUUGAAAACAUCAAUGUUACAUUGUUGGACGUUUUCAUAUGAAUUACUAAUAAUUUCUCCUAGCACCGGAGACUUUUACAUCUAAGCGGUGUCCAGAAUGAAGUCCCAUUUUUAUAGAAUUCUGUAGCUGUAGCUUUAUCAUGUUUUUGUGCGCCCAACCUAACCAUCAUACUUCUGUUAUACCCAACGUAACCAUCAUACUUCUGUUAUACCCAACGUAACCAUUGUACUUCUGUUAUACCCAACAUAACCAUCGUACUUCUGUUAUACCCAACGUAACCAUCAUACUUCUGUUAUACCCAACAUAACCAUCAUACUUCUGUUAUACCCAACGUAACCAUUGUACUUCUGUUAUACCCAGCAUAACCAUCAUACUUCUGUUAUACCCAACCUAACCAUCAUACUUCUGUUAUACCCAACAUAACCAUUGUACUUCUGUUAUACCCAACCUAACCAUCAUACUUCUGUUAUACCCAACCUAACCAUCAUACUUCUGUUAUACCCAACCUAACCAUCGUACUUCUGUUAUACCCAACGUAACCAUUGUACUUCUGUUAUACCCAGCAUAACCAUCAUACUUCUGUUAUACCCAACCUAACCAUCAUACUUCUGUUAUACCCAACGUAACCAUUGUACUUCUGUUAUACCCAGCAUAACCAUCAUACUUCUGUUAUACCCAACGUAACCAUUGUACUUCUGUUAUACCCAUCCUAACCAUCGUACUUCUGUUAUACCCAACCUAACCAUCGUACUUCUGUUAUACCCAACCUAACCAUCGUACUUCUGUUAUACCCAACCUAACCAUCGUACUUCUGUUAUACCCAACCUAACCAUCGUACUUCUGUUAUACCCAACCUAACCAUCGUACUUCUGUUAUACCCAUCCUAACCAUCAUACUUCUGUUAUACCCAACCUAACCAUCAUACUUCUGUUAUAAACUUGUUCCCGCGUGCUUGUUAUUUUGGUUAUGUUAAGACCGACAUUGUUUCCGUACUUUACGUGUAUCAUUUGUUAGGAUGUGAGUCGAUUCCAGAUCUAUGUUAAAUAAUCAGCUGUAUGUGUAUUACAUGUGGGUGAUAUUCCAGGACGAGACUGGCAAUGGAAGUCAUCAUGAUCGACUAGCUACAGUCGUAUAUAUGUGAGGUUGUGUAAUGGUGAUUGUAUGCCAAAACAUCUAUUGACAUAAACGUUGGUUAGUAGCGAUGAGGUUUGACUCUUAUAGAUCUCGAACCGUUUGACCACCAGGUGGCGCUGGAAAUGUUGUUUCCUAUUACUGUCACCAUUGUAUAGUCUCAAGUCCCCGCUACUGUCACCAUUGCUUUCUGAUCUGUCAUUGAAGUAAAAUUACUGUAUUUUUCUAAUUAAAACUUGAUAAUUAUCUGGUGUUCAUUUAAAGCAGACCAUUACCGUUGUGAUAUCUUUGUGUAUGAAGAGUGUACAGAGAGUUUCUGUGUGAUUCAAACUCUUGGCGACAAGGAAAACAUGUAUUAUCAGUUCUUUUGGAUUUAGUCGCUUAUUCGAUACCGUAUCAUGCCGGUUAUUAGCUAUAAAAGACAAUUGUUCUAAGUUGGUUACUCUAUCUCUACAGUUGUAGCCAGUUUAAAGAUGUAGUUAAAAAUAUGUAGGUGAGUGUGACCGAGUUCUGUCUACUCCGACUGUCACUUAUAACUACAAUACAAACUGUUGGAAUAUAAGUUACUUUAAUGUUAUACUGUAGUUAUGUAAGUUACAUUAGUGGACUAGUAUAUACUUUAUAUAAUGUAGCGCAUAGAACCGAAAAUAUAAAACCAUAUUAUUUACUAAUCCUUAUUUUUAUUUUACAGUUUUGUGAAAACAAGUGUUUUUGUGCAUUAUUUUACAUAAGAUGGACGACUAUUUUUGUGUAACAUUCCCUGAGAGUUAGGAGAUGUUUAUUUGGAGACUAUCAUUCUCAUUCCAAUGCUCAGAUAUGUUUUGAGGUUAAUGACAUGAAAUAAAUUUAUCAACAU